AUGCGUCUUCUUCCCUGUUCAGUGCUGUCUCCUGGGCGCUUGACACGCGCGCGCUUCUGGCCAACAAGUGCAUACGAUAGCGUUGGAUCUGCUCUUUCGUAUGGUACCAAGUGCAGCUCUCGCUUCACUUCCACGGCUCCACCACGACACGUCUUUGCGGACUCCUCAGUCAGCAUUGGGAGUCUCCCUCUGGCGCCGGAAGAGACACGGGCAGAGCGUGAAUUGCUGAGCUCUUUACCGGAGUUUCAAGAGGCAGCACAGGUGCUGCUGGGCCAAGGAGGAGAAGCAGCGAAGCUCUUGCCCGACUAUAAACGGGCGGAAAACGCGCUGCCGAAGCUCCAGCGCACCGUCGAGAUCUGCCGUUCGUCCAUGGGCUUCCAGAGCGUCUAUUUGCAGGCAGCUUUACGCCACUUGGUGGCUACGCUCGUAAUGAAAGGCGACGUAGCGGCGGCCAGAAAGGUCAUGCAAGAACGUGGUGACGUGAUGCAGUGGCCAAUGGCCGAGCACGAGCGGAUGCUGCGGCUGCUGCUGCGUGCAAAUUUGCCAAAAGAGGCUGAGAAGUGGUGCACCAAAGAGGAGUUUGUCAAGCUGUCGCCAAAGGACGAGACGGUGCCGCUCAAGUGGACGAUGUACGAGUUAAUCGGCAAGGAACUCAGUGGAGGAGCGGAGCAUUUGGCGAAAACUGUGGACGAUCCGCUGUUUGUUCAGGCCGUGGAGACCCUGCGAGAGAAGAAGGACGUUGUGCUGAAACACGAAGAAGCGAGCAACCUGAAGGCAAGCGAAGUGCAGCUGGGACGCGACAUCCCGUACUUGCUCGCGCAAUAUGCGUCCUUGUCACUGGCCAGCACGCGAGCACUGCCAAGGCAUGAAGAUGCCGAUUCGAAGGUGCCGCCGAAUGAUGCUCAGCUGCUGAGUUUGAAACAGGCCGAAGUUUUGUACAAGGAAGCGCUGGCGUGGGUGGAGAAAACAGCAGCUGAGAAGGAGAAAGACGCUUUGCUGGCAUCUGGACCCAACGCUCCAUUUGGGGCUUGGAUUGAGACUAACCUGGGAGAGCUAUUGCUGCGCCAAAACAAGCCUGAAGAAGCCAUGGAGUGGUUAGGCAAGGCCAUGGGGACACUGCAGGCUGAGCGAAAUGGUACCGGUGGCAGCGCGCUAGCGAUGACCCGUGUGCUUGGUCAGAUCGCGCGAGCUUGCCAUGCCAUGGGCCAAGCCGUGACGAGCGAGGGUCUCUUUGUCACUGUCGUCGAGUCAUUUGAGCGCGAGAAAAACCUAUCUUCGACAGACCGUGUCGAGUUUUCACGCGUGUUGCGCGCCUAUGGCGAUUUGCUGGCUAACUGGGAGAAGCGCGAAGCUGGUGCGGCGAAGAGGUAUGAACAGGCUGAGCUUGUCGAGCGAGAGCUCGCCCAGAUGUGCCAAGCCAACGAAAGUGCUGCCGCGCUGCAUUCUGUAUUUUUCUUGCCGCUAUGA